AUGUCUCCGCCUUCCGUCAUUGUUGUUGCUCUUAACACCCCACCAGCUCAUCUCUGUAUUUGCGUUAAAGUGCAGUGGGUGGACUGGGAUAACAUAGAUGAUAUGUUCGUGGCCGUUGACACCGACCUCAAGGGCUACGUUACACGGUCACAACUGACCGACUACUUUCGCAGACAGGGAAUUCCACUGGAAAAUGUUGAUAGAUGGUUCCAAUGGUUUGAAGGGAGAAACAAGGGCAUAAUAACGAUCGAGGAUGUCUGUGCAACCCUUGGCAUACCAAUUCCGGUGGAGUACAGGCGAAAAGCCGAAAAUGAGGCUCGGAUGUCGGAAGACCUAAUUCAAGAGACUGCUGCAGCGCCCGCAGUAUUCGCUGCUCCACCGAUGCCAUCAUCACCACCACCAACUAUGGAGAAGUCUAUAAUGGAUGGUGUGGAAGUGUUGCCGGGAAAUGCCGCAACCGACGAUAUCCUUGAGGGUUGUGUACGUUUGGUCAAGGAUUAUCCCGGACAAUUCAAACAGGAAAGCGAUUUGGCAGGCUACUUGAAGGAGCAUAUGGAAAUGAAGUACAGGAAACAUUGGCAAGUCGUUAUCGCCGUUUCCACUAUCGGCUGUGCGGUUGCCCACGAAGUGAAUAUGUUCAUCCACUUCCGCUAUAAAGAUUACAUUUUCCUCUUAUAUCUUGUUCCCGAUUGGAGAGGCCUAUGA